GUAUCAAUAAUUUAAUGAUUGGAUAUUUUAUACUGGAAUGAAAAUAAACCAACAAAGCCUUUUUUUUCCUUUCUGAAAAAAAAAGAAAGGAAAGAAAGGGUAAAUGGGCUUGGAUGUUACAUAUAGUCAUGAAAUGGGCUUAGUAAGAGCAAAGCAAAAUUGAAGUCCUACAAUCUUUACAUUCUUUUGUUAUGCUCUUCAUCAAACACUUCUCCGCUGUAUCUGCCACACUUGUUAUUUCUUUUCUCAUCUCAGUACCUGGGAUCGGCCUUCACUCAGUUCCUGUCACUCAUUCACUGAACGUUGUCGUAUCCAUUUCUUUCUGACUCUGUGGCAGCUAGAAUCAAGCCAAGAUGGGUAUAAUUGAGAGAAUUAAAGAAAUUGAAGCCGAGAUGGCUCGAACCCAGAAAAACAAAGCUACAGAGUAUCAUCUUGGUCAGCUCAAGGCAAAAAUAGCAAAGUUAAGGACGCAAUUACUGGAGCCUCCUAAAGGUUCUAGUGGAGCUGGAGAGGGUUUUGAAGUUACAAAAUAUGGUCAUGGACGUGUUGCACUGAUAGGAUUUCCAAGUGUGGGGAAGUCUACUCUCUUAACAAUGUUAACUGGCACUCAUUCAGAAGCUGCUUCAUAUGAGUUCACAACACUUACCUGUAUUCCUGGGAUUAUACACUAUAAUGAUACUAAAAUUCAGUUGCUUGACCUCCCUGGAAUUAUUGAAGGUGCUUCAGAAGGCAAGGGACGUGGGAGACAGGUUAUUGCUGUCUCCAAGUCUUCAGACAUAGUGUUGAUGGUUCUUGAUGCCUCAAAAAGUGAGGGCCAUCGGCAAAUAUUGACAAGGGAACUUGAAGCUGUGGGUUUACGCUUGAAUAAGAGACCACCUCAAAUUUAUUUCAAGAAGAAAAAAACUGGUGGCAUCUCUUUCAACAGCACCUUACCUUUAACUCAUGUGGAUGAGAAGCUCUGUUAUCAGAUUUUACAUGAAUACAAAAUUCACAAUGCAGAGGUGCUAUUUCGUGAGGAUGCCACAGUGGAUGAUCUUAUCGAUGUCAUUGAGGGUAACCGCAAAUACAUGAAAUGUAUAUAUGUUUACAACAAGAUAGAUGUCAUUGGUAUUGAUGAUGUUGACAAGCUAGCUCGCCAACCAAAUUCUGUUGUCAUCAGCUGCAAUCUGAAGCUCAACUUAGACAGACUACUGGCGAAGAUGUGGGAUGAAAUGGGGUUAGUGAGAGUCUACACAAAACCACAAGGCCAGCAGCCUGAUUUCACUGAUCCUGUAGUUCUUUCAGCUGAUCGAGGCGGCUGCUCAGUUGAAGACUUCUGUAAUCAUAUACACAGGAGUUUAGUGAAGGAUGUUAAGUAUGUGCUAGUGUGGGGAACGAGUGCACGACAUUACCCUCAACAUUGUGGCCUUAGUCAUGUCCUACAAGAUGAGGAUGUGGUUCAGAUUGUUAAGAAAAAGGAAAAGGAAGAUGGAGGCCGGGGUCGGUUCAAAUCACAUUCAACAGCUCCUGCUCGAAUCUCCGAUAGAGAGAAGAAGGCACCCUUGAAGACUUAACGUUAUCUACUGGCAUUGCUGUGGACAUCUAGCACUUGUGGUUCAGCCAAUGGAAUACUAGCGGCAAGACAGUGACUGCCAAUCUAGUUCUGGAAAUAGAUACACAAGUUGCUUAUGUUGUAAUUUUGAUGAGCCCUUUUUGGUCGUCUUCUUUCAUUUAUAAUAUAUUCCGAUUCUGAAGGCUGAGCCUCAGGUUUUAUGAGCUUUAGAAUUACAAAGACACAUGGCAUCAUUUUAUGCUCGAAUAUGCACUAUUCUCUCUUCAAUGAAAGGUAAAGAACAUUUCUGUUU